AUGUAUACAAGUAAUGAUAAUGUUGACUGGGUUCUCAUUGAACAAAAUGAAAAAUGUGGUGGUCUAGCUUCAACAGUAACGGAUGAACAAGGAUUUCUAUGGGAUAUGGGAGGCCAUGUCAUAUUUUCUCAUUAUGCUUAUUUUACCCGUUUAUUAGAUUAUUUAUUACCACCUGAAGAAUGGAAUUUAAAGAUACGAGAAGCAUGGGUAUGGAUGAGACAAACAUUUAUUCCAUAUCCAUUGCAACAAAAUCUACACCGCUUACCAAAAACUGAUAUCAUACAGUCUAUUGAUGGAUUAAUUGAUAAUGAAAAAAAACGAUCAUUAUUUACUAAACCAAAAACAUUUAAGGACUGGUUAAUACAAUCAUUCGGUAGCGGAUUAUGUGAAGUAUUUAUGUAUCCUUAUAAUUUCAAAGUAUGGGCAUAUACAAGCGAUAAAAUGAAUAUUGAAUGGAUGGGUGAACGUGUAGCCACUGUUGAUUUAUCAAAAGUAAUUAAAAAUGUUAUUAAUCAACAAGAUGAAUUAGGUUGGGGACCAAAUAAUACAUUUCGAUUUCCGUUACAUGGUGGUACUGGUGCUAUUUGGAAAAGUUUAUACGAAUUUCUAAAACCAACAAAUAAAUUUAAAUUAUCAACAAAAGUUAUUGCAAUUGAUGUUAAACAAAAAUUAAUUACAUAUUCGGAUAAAACAACAGAAUCAUAUGAUUCAAUUAUAUCAACAAUGCCAUUAGAUUGUUUAUGUAAAAUAAUUGAUGGUACUUCAAUACCAAGAGAAACAUUGAAUGAGAAUGCAAAACAAUUUCGAUAUUCAUCCAGUCAUAUUAUAGGCUUUGGUAUAGCUGGACAACCGCCUACCAAUUUACAAUCAAAAUGUUGGCUUUAUUUUCCUGAAGAUGAUUGUCCAUUUUAUCGUGCAACUGUUUUUUCAAAUUAUUCACCUUUUCAUGUACCAAAACCCGGUCAACAAUGGAGUUUAAUGUGUGAAGUUGCCGAAUCAGCAGAUAAACCGGUUGAUAAAGAUAAAAUUAUUCAAAUAGCUGAACAAGGUCUAAUAAAUACAAAAUUAAUUAAUGAUACACAUGAAAUUAUUAGCCGAUAUCAUAUACGAUUAGAAUACGGUUAUCCGACACCAUUUUAUGGUCGAGAUGCAUUGUGUGAACCGUUAUUUAAUGAAUUUGAAUCACAUGAUAUAUAUUCACGAGGUAGAUUUGGUUGUUGGAAAUAUGAAGUAUCAAAUCAAGAUCAUAGUUUAAUGUUAGGAGUGGAAGCUGUUGAUAAAAUUGUAUUUGGCACAGAAGAAAUGACAUUUAAAUAUCCGGGAAUUGUUAAUGCAAAUAAAGAUAGUGUUGGAAGAGUGCCAUGUUUUCCAGAUAAAAAAUAA